GCAGGUUACAGAGAGACUGUGAUUGGAUGAUGGGUCGAAAGUGGGUGCGCUUAUCCGGUCGAGUUCUCUGUCUGUACAUCCUGAAACUUAGGAUAUAAAGGUUGCCGUCUCAGAUUCUCUUUGAUCCCAGGAUCACACAACACAAGGAAGAGAAUCCAGGAAGUGGGGUAGGGCAAGGUAUCCCUCAUUUGUUUACGUACGGUACGCGAGGACGUGUGAUUGGAAGGAACCGUUUCAAAACUGAUAACCCCAAACCUGCUUAUUUUUUUUUCUUUUAAAAAUGAACAGGACUCAGCUCAAACGCUCCAGAAUUUUGAAAAUGGCCCUUACGCGUUCGGAUUCCGCGGACCAGGAGGGAACGUUCGAGUCUUUCCUAAUGAAAGCGAUCAAAAUAACAGCCGUGGUGACGCUGUAUUGGUUCAUUUCAAUUACCAUGGUCUUUCUCAAUAAGUACCUGCUGGACAGCCCUGCCUUAAAGCUCGAUGCUCCUCUUUUUGUGACAUUUUACCAGUGCUUUGUGACAGUGAUUCUGUGCUGGUGCAUAAGCGUGUUCGCCAGGUUGUGUCCGGGUUAUGUGGAGUUCCCAUCGGUCAGGUUCGACCCCAAGAUUUCGAGGGGGGUGCUGCCCUUGUCCAUUGUUUUCAUCGGCAUGAUCACGUUCAACAACCUGUGCCUGAAAUAUGUAGGGGUGGCCUUUUACAACGUCGGAAGGUCUCUGACCACUGUCUUCAAUGUCUUGAUGUCCUACCUGAUUUUAAAGCAGACCACUUCGUUCCACGCCUUGCUGUGCUGUGGGGUGAUUAUAGGAGGCUUCUGGCUGGGAGUGGAUCAAGAAGGGGCUGAGGGAUCGCUGUCUUGGUCUGGGAUACUAUUUGGUGUUCUAGCUAGUCUGUGUGUGUCACUCAACGCUAUCGUUACCAAGAAAGUAAUACCUGUUGUGGAUGGCAGUAUAUGGAGGCUAACCUACUAUAACAACAUCAAUGCUUGUAUCCUCUUUAUCCCUCUCAUCGCCAUCCUGGGGGAAUUCCAAACAGUUUUUUAUUUCGACAAGCUAGACAGCUUGCACUUCUGGGGUAUGAUGACAUUGGGAGGGGUCUUUGGGUUCGCUAUAGGAUAUGUCACUGGUCUUCAGAUCAAGUUCACAAGUCCUCUGACCCAUAAUGUUUCGGGCACUGCCAAAGCCUGUGUUCAGACAGUCAUUGCUGUCACCUACUAUGACAGUAUGAAGAGUGUUUUGUGGUGGACCAGUAACUUGAUGGUGUUGGGAGGCUCUUCCGCUUACACCUGGGUUAAAGGAAUGGAAAUGAGGAAGUCCCAGGAAGAACCACAGAUCAAAACUGUAACUGCUAAAAACGACUCGGGUGUAUAGAGAGGGACUCUAGUUAAAUAUUGGGGACCUCUGAUAAUGCCAUGAGCCUGUAAGCCCCCUCCAUUGUCUUUUCUGUUGGGUAUAAUAAUGACACGGUGUACUGCAAAGAGACAUGACUCAUUCUUAUGAGUGGAUGCUUUAGAGAUAUGAAGAAUGUUUCUAGUGUUUGUGGCAGCUAAUUAUAUAUAUAUAUAUAUCAGUGCUGGGACAAAUAUCAGAAUAUUCGAACGAAUAUUUUUUGACGUAUUCGGAUACAAAAAUCAGAUGUCCGUAUUCGCUGUAAAUAACAAAAAUAACUUGCACUUAUUUACCGCCUCACCAGAAGUUGUGUGACAGUUUCAAAAAAUGGCAAAUGAAAAAGAGCUCCGUGUGAGAUUCGUAUAUAAUUAAAUAAAAAAAUACAAUCAACACAGUAUCUCUUGAGCCUCUAUUUAAAAGUUUGACAGCAAAAAGUAAACAAACCAGAUUAUGUGCGAGCACGCAUAGUGAUCUCUAUUGAAGGCCAUCUGGGUCAACAGUGUGUUGUGCUGCGUUGUGUAGUGAUUUUUGUAUAGAUUGUAUAUAUUAUAUAUCUUUUGUGCCAACUUUCUGUUAUGUGGAAUUUAAUAAACAAGAACCAAAAUGGUGAGUUCCACAAUUAUCAUUUGCUUGUUCAGCUACAAAAAGGCACAAGUAAACCUCAUGUUAUUACUUUAUGAAAACGUGUCUCUGGCCAGUGUUUACUGUGAAGAAACGGCAAUGGCAAGGAAUGAAAAAACUAAAUAAAAUGUGGUGUCUUUAUGUACUAUUUAUUUUGGGAAUAAACAAAACAACAUUUAUCUUUAACUGCUAUUUGGCAUCCUUUGUUUUGUAGUUAAUCCACUGGGGUAAAGUCAGUCCUACACAACAUAUUCUUUACUCCUGUGAUAUUUUUCUACUUCGUUACAUAUUGUAACGUCUUGCGGUUAAAUAAAGGCACACAUACAGGGGCCACGCCCCCUGCUCCUGCUGCUAUGCUGUCUCUGCCUGCGUUCAGAACAAUAUAAUGGCUUUUAUUACUUUUGGAAAAAGGAAUGAAUAUCCGAACAUGAGAGAGAUGUGCCAAUAUUUUGAAGUCUGUAGUUUUAUUAUUAUUAUUAUUAUGAAGGAUGGUUUUGUUUAUAUUCUGGUUUUCAAGUACUUUUAAUACUGGUAAUAGGUUUCUGCCGUCCUACUUCAGAACCCUAAGUUUGUCUUCAGUAAAUUUGUUCUAUAUAGCAACCGGUCUGGUCUGUGUGAAUACAGUUAUAAUGGGAACUUUUCUGUGUACUGGAAAUGCUUGGGUUACAUGAUAUUCAAGUUUUAGGGGACAUUAAUUUAGACUGGGUCAAAUUCAGUUUUUCUUCCAUGGGUCACCUAUUACAGCUUUGUUGGGUUACACAUGCCAGAUGUUGUUUAUUGUUAUAUUUCACAGAUAUAUGUGCAUGAGUGAUCAUCAUAAAUUAUUUUAAAAAUCUGUUUAUGGGUGUGUUUUGGAGGUGAGAGGGGCACAUAAAAAGGGCAUUCAAUUUGGCCAUUAAAAAGUCCACUAUAAAUAGAAUGGUCCAAAGAUGACUACAGAGUCUUUUUUUUUAUUCAGAUAAGAAAAAUAAAUACUUGAAACUGCUUUGAAGAAGUAAUAUAAUUACAUCUAAAUAAUCAAAACAAAUACACAUUAUAUUUUAGUAACUGAGUUAUGUAAUUACUUUAGUAUGCUUUAAUAAUUUUCAUUAAGUACUGGUCAUUUGAGAUUUAUGACAUCAAAUUUGUUGAAGGAACAUAUUAUUUCUACUUGUUUAUUUCUUUACCCAAUAUCAGUAAAAAAAAAAAAAAAAAAGUAAAUUAAAA